AUGAGAGAAGCAAAACUUACCACUAGAAUUGCAGAAUUAGAACGUGCUAUUGAGGAAAUCAAAAAACAAACUAAUAUGCAAGAGGUAAAGCUUCAAAUUCCCGAUUCAUCCUUAGAUUAUUCAGAAUCGCAAGAAACUUUGUCUUACUGUGAAACCAUUAAUCCCAAGAAAAUGUCUUUACCGGAAUCUGAGCUCUUUCCAUUCAAGAAGAUGCUAUCAAAAGAGGAGCGUAAUCAAGUUAUUAACAAAUUAACCAUGCGUUUCUCUGAUUCUCCAAAAUUGGACAAAGAUUAUAGUAUAGAUAAGGAAGGCGAGCACCAGAGUGAUUCCUAUUGGAUUUUCGGUUCACAUUGUCCAAUAUGUAGAGAAAAUCAUAUGAGUUUACAAGGUAAUUGGUGGUUUGAUAAUCGAAGUAAAAAGAUAUAUUAUUAUUUGCAUUGCACUAAUUUAAAAGAGCCAGGAAUUUUUAUUGAUGAGGUAUUAGAAGCUUAUCCUGAAAAUUCAAAACCGAUUCAGGAGUUAAAAACUCAACGCUUCACAUCACCUAUCCCUUGGAACAAUGCUCUUAUAUUUCCAAAUAAAAACAUAGCAGUGGAAGCAUAA